AUGCCUGGCAGACGGCCUAUCGUGCCAAAAGACGACAGUCUAUGCCGCCGAUGCCAGACGAACGAGCCUACGAUCACCGUACGAACAGAGCCACUCUGCAAUGAAUGCUUCUGCAGGUAUGUGUCGACAAAGGUCGUCAAGCGGAUGGAGAGCUUCCGUGUCAAGUACUCUGAUCCUGGCAAGGAGCGAGUACUCUCGCUUCCGCUCUCAUUUGGGGCAUGCUCGACUACGCUGCUGCACAUCCUCAGCGAGCAUAUGAAAGGGCAAGUAGAGAGGACAGGAAGGAGUGGAUAUCAAUUACAUAUCGUGCAUGUGGACGAUGGAUCUGGUCCUACAAGUAAGGCACUGCUUGAAAAGGUCAAGGAACGCUUCCCUGAGCAUACAUAUUCCAUAUUGCCCGUCUCAGAAGUACUCUCGCUGGACGGUGUCUCUCCGCUCCUCCAGCCACCUCUCUCCUCCGAUGCCAACGGUGACACUUCCUCCCAGACCGAGCCAUCGGUACUAGACCUCCUCGCCACCCUCCCAUCGGCGACCUCCCGCGCCGACACUCACCGCAUCCUCCUUCGCCGCCUAAUCACCAACUUCGCCACCAACCACAACUGCGAAUCCAUCCUCUGGGCCCACAGCACCACCCGCCUCGCCGAACUCACCCUCGCCGAAACCGCCAAAGGACGCGGUGCCUCCCUCCCCUGGCUCGUCACCGACACAGCCUCUCCAAGCGGACCUCAAAACUUCUACCCCAUGCGCGAACUUCUCACCAAGGAGAUCAUCGCCUUUUCCUCCCUCACCAGCCCCCCUCUGGAUGACUUAAUCCUGAAGGCCGCGACGAAGCCAGCCGUGAGCACGAAGAACACGAGCAUAGACGAUUUAAUGCGGCAGUACUUCGAGUCGGUAGAGCGGGACUAUCCCUCGAUCGUGGCGAACGUCGUGCGCACGACGGGGAAGCUGAAGGCGCCGGGGGUCGGGGCGGAGGAGGAGAGGUGUGAGUUGUGCGAGAUGCCGUUGGGUGGGGCGGCGCCGGAGAGGAGUCGGUUGUGUUAUGGGUGUAUUAGGACGUUGCCGGGGGUCAGGGGCUGA